UCAGCCCAAACAGAGACUCCAUAGAGCCCAGAAGCAGCUGCUCAGAGCACUCCUGGGUCCAUACCACCAGCCCUGUAGCCCGUCAUCUCUAGAACCAGAAACUGCAUCUCACAGGUGGGGGGCGGAGGGAUUCCCUCCGCUUGCCUGACCUACAAAGCCUGGGAGAUGGAGUCCCUGCAGUUUGCUUGUCUCUGUGAACUCUGCGACUGUGGUCGACACAAGUGCCACAAGAACUGCAAGAAGCGGAGCCGGCCAGCGCCUCAGGACUGCAGGCGGCCCCAGCUGUCCCAUUACAAGGCAACUUACACCCAGCCACCAAACGUGCAUCCUCGAAGCAGCAAGAGGCCACUCCGCACCCCUCCACACCCCAACCCCCCAGCCAUGGCCUUCAGCACCACGCAGCGGGCAGAGUUCAUCCCUUGGGAGCUGGGCCAGAGGACCAAGGCACACGUCCGGGAGGCGUAUCAGUGCCCAGAGGAGCCCUUCCAAAGCCAGAGUCUGUACCGCCUCCACUUCCCGCCCAGGGAGCCGGUCGUGGCCACCCUCCGGCGGCCCCCGACUCACAGGCAGCCCGACGGCUCCGGCUUCCCCCACACCACGACCACCAAGGAGAGCUACAAGGGAUGGCGAGUGGAACGCCCAGCCUGCUAUGGAGAGCCGCCAGCCCUGGCAGGCGCUCUCCUGUCCCCUGACCAGGCGGCCGAGAUGGAAAGCACCACGCAGCGAGAGUUCACGGAGAAAUGCGUCCCCAGACCGGAGCUGGUCAAAGGCCUCCAGGCUCAGCUCACCAUCGAAGGUGAUCAUGACAUGACGACAACCCACCAGAGCACCUACCAGUCUGUGCCCUUAGGGAAGCGGGUAGCCCAGUCAAGCGGUAAGGGAGUAGUGCCAGCAAGGAAACGAACACAGGUGGAAUACAUGACCAAGUACCAGAGUGAUUUCCCAGCAUGCAGCUUGUUACCUGCACGGAUUUGGCCUGCUCAGCCUCCUCUGGACAACCUGGCAAUCAACCAGGGCUUCAGCACAGAUUUUCAGACAGUGCAGAGGGAAAGCUACCAUGGCUGGGACACCCGCAGAUACCCUCGUGCCAGCCCUAUCAAGCUGAAAGAGGAGCUGGCAGACUUGGGGAGAGAGUGGGAUGGAAAAUUCAGUGGAGACACGGUGACCAAGCUCUCUUACCCUCCUCUGCCCUUGGACAGGCCUCUGGAGACCAUCCAGUGGCCCCCCACGGUGCUGAGAUCCCUCCCUGCAAAGUUUGACAAUUCCACAGCCCACAAGUUCUUCUUCAGAGACUGGGGAGCCCAGCCCCGAAUCCGGCAAGGCGACCCCCACGAUGGAGUCUACAUCCGACCUCUGGCCAAGUUUGAAAGCCAAACUAUCACACACAGCACGUUCCUGCCCCAGAGAGCGGAGAAGGUGAAGAACUGCAAACCAGAGCAGAAACCAAUCCGAGCACAGGGAAAGCAGGAUUUCUCCACCGUCCACAGGGAGUCUUACAGGCCAAUCCCGCUCCCAGUCUGUCGUUUGCAAACGUACUUGAUCCAGCAACAGCAGCAGGGAAGAGAAGCAAUGAAUUCUCUUGUGCCCGUUAAAGCCUGAUAUGCAGUGUAGAUCCAGGUCCCUCAGCCAAAUCAACGCUGUCCCCAGGAUGCUAAUGGGCAAACAAUUACUAACUAGACAAUUUGAUAAACUGUUUUUUGUGCAUCUUAGCAACAUUAAAAUGGCAUCAUCUAAAUCUCUGAGACUGAGUAUGCCUAUACUGCAGAGGUGUGAUUGCAGCUCACACAGAAGUACACAUGCUAACUUUAAUCUAGCUAGCGUGGCUAAAAACAAAGACGCAGCAGCACAGAAUAGAUACACAAGUACAUACCAAGGGUUCUUGGCAGGCUUGUACAGCCUGCAUGUCUUCGCUGCCUUUUAGCCAGGUUAGCGAGAUUAAAGCUAGUGCGGGUAAGCAAUCACCUCCGAUCACAGUGCAGAUGCACACUCAGAAUAGCUACUAUUAAUUUGGCUGUUGUGCAUGGAUGUGGUAUUUGUUUCUUAAGAUACAGCAAUACAAAUGUAAUAUCCAUUGAAA